AUGAAACGUAAAGCUCUCGAAGAGGGCGAGUCUCCUCUGAAAAAGCGCAUUAUCUCUGCCGAUGACAACAGCGUUCAAUCGGCCUUCCGACCAGGCCUCUUCGAACGCGAUACCCAAGAAGCUUUCCGCAAGUCUUACCGGUUGUCGAAGCCUUAUCCUCAUGCCGUCGUCCCCUCUUUGAUCCAAGAGCGUCUUCUCCGCUCUGUCCGGCAGGAAAUUACCACCCAUAUCCAUUUCACUCUGAAAGAGACCGACAUAUAUCGCAUUUACCAAUCCGGCGAUCUCGCGAAUCUCUCCAACCUUGAUGCCGAGUCCCUUGAACACCUGCCCAGCCUUGUUCGUCUGAGAGAUGCUCUUUACAGCUCUGAAUUCCGAGAAUGGGUGUCUAUCGUCACAGGGGCGGGCAAAGUGUCCGGUAAAAAGACUGACAUGGCAGUCAAUGUCUACACACCAGGCAGUUAUCUGUUGUGCCACGAUGAUGUGAUUGGAAGCCGGAGAGUCAGCUAUAUUCUGUAUCUGACGGACCCGGAUCAUCCCUGGCAACCCGAAUGGGGCGGAGGGCUGAGGUUGUAUCCUACAGAGACAAAAAGGAACAAAGUUGGGGAGGAGAUCAAGGUCCCUCUCGCUGAACAUAGCUUGAACAUUCCACCGUCCUUUGGUCAAUUGAGCUUCUUUGCCGUUCGGCCCGGCGAGAGCUACCACGACGUAGAAGAAGUCUACCACGGCCAAAAUCCGGGAGCGGAUGGAGGGAGAAUCCGCAUGGCUAUCAGUGGCUGGUUUCACAUUCCACAGGAGGGUGAGGAUGGGUUUGAACAGGGCAUGGAGCAGGAACAGGCCCAGAAAUCCAGUCUUGCGCAGCUCAAGGGCGCCUCGAAUGAAUUUGACGAGCCUCAGUUGGUGUUCCGUCAUUUCGACGAACCGCGGAUCGUUAUGGACAGUCGCGCUGCCGCGAGGGAGAUUGACCCCGGCGAUGAUCUUGAUGCCGAGGAAAACAUACUCACUGAGCAAGAUUUGACGUUUUUGCUUCAUUAUAUGACACCAAGCUAUCUGACUCCGGACAUGAUCGAAGAUUUCUCAUCUUCAUUCGCCGACAUGUCAGUCCUGCAGCUCGAGGAAUUUUUCAAUGCAACAUUCGCAGCCGAGCUAAAGGAGUACAUCUCUACGGUUGAAGCUGGAGAGGGAGAUGCAGUCCCGCCGGCAUCGAAGUCUCAUCAUCCUUCGGCUUGGAAAAUUGCUCGUCCACCCCACAAACAACGCUAUGCUUACCUCCAAACUACAGAGGCCCUGCACCGUGACAAAUGUCCAAUCUCCCGGAUCCUAGCUGACUUGAUACACUCCCAUGCUUUCAAGAAGUGGCUGGCCCUCGUGACGGGACUGAAGACGAACAGCCUCAUCCGCCAAAGCGCGAUAGCCCGCAGAUUUCGACGAGGGAAUGACUAUGCACUAGCAAGCCCUUACCAAGGCGAAACACCAAAACUGGAAUUCACCAUUUCAAUCACGCCAAGUGAGGGAUGGGAAAACGAUCGAGAUAUGGGAGGAGAAGAAAAUGGCAAACCGGCAACUGGCAUCAUCAGGCAGGCCAACGGCAGUCCGUCCCUCCGCGAUGGUGUCGAGGAUAAGGAAAAGAGGAGUGGCAAGGCCACGGCAGAGGAAAAGAUCCAAGUCUCAACGUCCCCCGAAGUCGAAUUCGGCGGCGAGGAAGUCUACAUGGCAGGCGAUGAGGACGAAGAUGGGCUACCUAGUGAGACCAACCCGAAAUCCCUGCCAAGCGUCGGCAAAAAGCCAAUCCAUGAUCCUGCGAUCUACAGAUCUGCAGAUGAUGAAGAUGACGGAAUCCUGUUCACCAACCCUCCCAGUUGGAAUAAAUUAAGUAUCGUGCUCAGGGACAAAGGCACACUGAGGUUUGUCAAAUAUGUGAGCCAGGCCGCUAAAGGUGACCGCUGGGACUUGAAAGGUGAGGUGGAGGUUGAUGAAGCUGGUUGGGAUGGAGGAGCAGGUGGUGAAGGGGGAGAGUUGGAGGAACAGGAUGAGCACGAUGAUGAAGGAGACGACAUGGAUGAAGAGGAUGAGGACAAAGAUCUAGAAAGCCAUGAUGAAAACGAGGUAUGA